CUUCCUACCAAAGUUGGACUUGAACAAGUCAAAUAGCCCUGAAGUGAACAUCAGGUAAUUGGAAAAUUGACCUCAAAUCUUUUGGAAUAGACUGAGGAAAUUUCCUCUUUCCACUCCCUGACUUCUCAGUAACUACAAGCAGGUGAUCACUAUCCUCAUCCUCAUCAGGACUCUUCACAACUCCAUUCAUUCCUGACCUCUCACUUUUUCUGCAUCACUCAAACAUGAGGUUAAUAACACCAACCCUCCUCUACUUUUCACUGUCCCUUGUUAUACACUCCACCUAUCUCGAAGCUUAUGACCCAGUUGAUCUAUUCACCAUCGAUUGCGGCUCCAGCGGCUUCUACCUCCAGGAGCAGGACAACGACGGAAGGACAUGGCAUGUUGACCGUUAUUACACUGGUGAACUCAUCCUCACAGGUGAAAGUGACAAUGCUUCAGCAAACACGCUAGCCCCUUUCAUCAACCAAAUCCCCUACGGCACAGCUCGAUUGUCCCGCUCCCAAUUCAACUUCUCCUUCCCAGUCAACACCGCAGGCCCCAAGUUCCUCCGCCUCUUCUUCUACCCUGCUUCAUACUCAGGCGGCUUCAACCGCGGAGACGCCUCCUUCACCGUGAAAUCCAACGGAUUCACCCUCCUCAAAGACAUCAACGCUUCACUCACCGCCGAUGCUGAAGGACUUGACACCAUCUUCAGAGAAUACAUCAUCAACGUCAACCACGGUCAAAACCUUGACUUAUACUUCACUCCAACCACAAGCUCUUCCUAUGCUUUCAUCAAUGGAAUUGAGGUUGUAUCCAUGCCUAGUGACCUCUACUACACACCUUCCACCGACCCAGGAUUCAAGCUCGUGGGUAGAGAUAACACCCUGUACAGCGUUGCAAACAACACAGCACUGGAGACAAGUUACAGAAUCAAAGUUGGGGGGCAAACAAUCUCACCCAGUAAAGACACGGGUUUGUUCAGAAACUGGGAAGGCAACGAUGACUUGUAUUUAAGAACACCGAGCGCACUGGGUUCUGAAGAAGCUGACUCGACGGGUGCGAUGAACAUCACCGUGAGCCCUGAUUAUGCGGCACCGGAGGACGUUACAUCGGAUUCGACGGUGAAAUGGCAAACCUGA